AUGUCGGCACAAGAUAUGCGCGACAUGCUGGGCUUGACGGGCGAUGUCGCCCGUCCGCCGCCGUUGAAGAAGCAAAAGACGGUCGAGAAGCGUUCACUGGAAAAGGGAAUUGCACGAGAGGUUUCGGCCUUGAUGGGCGAACGCGCUCCGCCGAUAGCUAUGAUCCAGGUCCAACCGAAAUACAAACAACGACCACGAAGAUCUCAUCGCGUUGCGCCAUGGGAGUGGGCUUCCUUCACAAACCAAGCAAGAGAGGACGGCCUUGCUCUACACCACUGGCAGCGCAAGCACACUCCUAAACCUCGUCCACAAACAGAGCAACAACCUCAAACCGAGUCGGAAGCCGAUGGAGAGAAGCAAUCAGAGCCCGAGCUGCAGCAGAAGGAUUACCAGUACGCCAAAUACAAUAUCCAGGUCGAGACUCCCACAUACGAUCAGGACCUCUACGAUGCCCAACUACAGGACUCCGAUUGGACAAAGGAAGAGACGGAUUAUCUGUUGGAGACAGUACGAGACUUUGGUCAAAAGUGGCCCGUCGUCGUCGACCGCUAUGAAUACCAGCCAGGACCUGCAGAAGAAGGUGCAGAAGCACCACAACCAAAGUCUCGUUCCAUGGAAGAUCUCAAGACUCGCUAUUACAACGUGAGCGCAAAGGUUCUGGCCAACCACACGCCCAUCUCGUCCAUGACCGCUCCACAAUACACCUUGUACUCUACCCUCACUCAGUUCAACCCCGUCCAGGAGACGUCACGAAAGAAGCUUGCCGAAGGACACCUCCAUCGUACUCAAAUCGAAGUCGACGAAGAGAACGUCCUGCUCGCCGAAUUACAACGCAUCAUGAUCAACCAACAACAGCUGGAGAACGAGCGCAAGGAGAUUCGCGAUAGACUCGAGUAUCCCUCAACAAGCAACACAGCAGGAGCUCAAUACAGCACCUCACAACAACUUGGCCAACUUUUCCAACAGCUACUCCAAGCAGACCGCAUGAAAAAGGACCGCCGCCUCAAGGCUCUCGGCGACACCCCCGGCGGCCCUCCCUCCGCACAACUGCAGUCCGCCGCCGGUGCAUCAUCCGGCCACCGCGACAGCAUCAGCAGUGCCACAGGAGCUCGCAAGGCAGGCGGCCGUGACUCCCUCGCUGGUGGCUCAAGCUCAGGCAUGGAUCCUACUGCACGCGCCAUGACACCCCACGCCGCUAGCCGCUACUUCGUAACUCAACACGACCGUCUCAGCAGCGGCGUCUCCUUCGCCUCUGAUCGCCUCCAUCGUGCCCGCUCUGCAAAAUCCAUGGUCCAGACCGAAAAGAUCUCUGCCAUCCUCAAUCACCUUCGUAUUCCUGACAUCAUCCCCUUGCCAACUCAACGUGUCAUCGAGGACUUUGAGAAAUUGAUGCAAAAGGUGCAUCUGCUGUUGGAUAUGCGCAAGGUUUCUGACAAAGAGGAGCAAGAGAUUCGUGUCAAGGAGGCUGAGAAGAGGAUCAAGGAAGGUAAAGAGGGAGUCAAGGAGGAGAGUGAAGAGGUCAAGGUCGGAAGGAAGAGAAGUGCGAGUGUGAUGAGCAGCGAUGCUCAGACUGCCACCAAAAGACCUAAGAAUUGA